AUGGGCACCCCUGUCAUGGACGAUGGGGAUUUCUGUAUGGACAGGUCACCGUGCACAUGUCCUCGACAUCAGUGUCGCUCAGGGCACUCCAUUAAACAGUCGAGUCAUCCCCGACUAGAUGGCCAACUUGAUGGCCUAUUUUGGCAUUCAGGUCAAGUGACGCCGCCGACAGAUAAUGCUCGCGAUCUUGAUCACGCUUCUUUGGAGUCGCUGGGUGCUUUUGAUAUAAACUUCGGCAAGGAUUUGGGGCCUUUUCCGCUGCUGCUUCCCGGCAGUGACGAUGAUCGGCUUCCAACAAUAUCCCAAUGUAUGCAACCUGCCGAUCCGCGAAACCCACCCGCAGGUUACGCUGCAAAGAAUAUUCUAUUCGGAGAGCCACCAUUCGAGGCUCCUAAUGUUCACUUGAAUGAUGAUUUUAUUUCUACUGCAUAUCUGCAUUCUCUCCUCGGAAGCACGCCCCUCGAAUCUAGUGCCAAUUCUGGUCCCAACACGAACUCUGAUUUUUCUACGGACUAUGCCCUUAGUUCUGAUCAUUGUGAUGAGCCGAUGUUGGAUUACUCUACGCUUCCGAAUAAUCUGCCCGCCAACUCUUCGUCCCUCUCUACUCUGCCUUUUGGCCUCAAGGACUCACUAACAAUCCCUGUUCUAACACCACCCCCUACAACGAUGACAUCUUCUUGUCCCGCUGAAUGCCGCCCUCCUUGCAUUAUUACUGCGACCCGAACCCUCCUCUUACUCCACAUUCGCGAAAAUAGUUGCCUUUCUCUUAGAAAUCGUCGCGACAGCUGCGGAACCCAGGGUGCUAGUGGUCCCGAGCUAGCACGCAUGUCGGGGUCUGUCCUCAGAGACAACAAAGAGGCCGGCAUGUCAGUUUGCCGCAUGCUACAGUGCAAGUGCGCUCUUCGUCCUCAGAAUCAGGUCCUGAUAGCAUUUCUCUGCUCUCGGCUCGCGGUAUGGUAUCGAGCGAUGAUCCGUGCGUGCUUUUCCCGACGCCCUAGAAGCUCCUUCGGCGGCGAGGAUGACUUCGAUGAGCACAAAUCUUCGCCAGAGAAGGUGAUUUAUCAGGCUGUCACGAUUGGGGAUCAUACUGUCGACAGUUUCUCCUUGGAUUGGGAUAUCCAGGCCCAAGUGAUACUCAAGGAGCUCGCACAGCUGCAGCGUCUAGUCGACACACUUUCGGCUCGUAUCAAGCAGACUAGUACAUCACACUCAAUAGAGCGGGAUGUCGAUGCCAAUCUGCCCUUUCCUGGAUUGCCAGCAAUCGCACAUGACCGGCUAGUGGCACAUCUGUCGAAGGAAAUCGAAGCGGCUCAGCAUGAUUUAACUACGGCUUGGCGUGAACACCAGAAAGUUCAAAGAUAA